AUGGCGGCUCCCGUCCUGCCUCUGCAACAGGUGAAGCUCGCCUCACUACCCUCCACCCGCCUAACACCAGAGCAACAAUACUGGCGCACCUUCAAGAACCCUCUCCUCAUUCCGUCGCCAGCCAAUGGCCCUAUCAACCUCAUCACUCAGCCCUCUGCCCCCUCGUCCUCUGCAGUCUUCACUUCAUUGUCGCAGCCCCCGGAUAUCUUCACCGUGACCACCGGUGCCCGCGUUCAGAUCUACUCGAUUCACACCCGAAAACUGUUGCGAACAAUCACUCGAUUCGAUGAUACAGUACGUGGUACAGAUGUUCGGCCCGAUGGCCGUGUGUUGGUGACUGGUGACGAUACAGGCACGGUCCAGGUGUUCGACGUCAAAUCCCGCGCCAUUCUGAAGACAUGGAGGGAUCAUAAGCAGCCCGUGUGGGUGAGCAAGUUCUCUCCGAGUGACCCAACCUCUCUUCUCACCACCAGUGACGACCGAACGGUGCGCCUGUGGGAUCUGCCUGCCGAGUCUAGCCAGCGGACAUUCACUGGCCAUACCGAUUACGUGCGCAGUGGUGCUUUCAUGCCCGGCGCAAUGGCCUCAUCUGGAUUGCUGGUGUCCGGUUCGUAUGAUCGCACGGUGCGCAUCUGGGAUCCUCGUGUGGCUAGGCGCUCGGCUAUGACCUUUAAGAUGGCAGCUCCCAUUGAGAAUGUGCUGCCUAUGCCGGCAGGUACUACUGUUUUGGCUUCCGCAGAUAACAAGAUUGCCGUGCUGGAUAUUGUGGCUGGUAAGCCAUUGCACAUGAUUCAAAACCACCAGAAGACAGUCACUUCCCUUUGUUUGGCGUCAAACGGCGAGCGAUUGCUCAGUGGUGCGUUGGACGGACACCUGAAGGUCUUUGAGACGACAGGUUGGAACACGGUCUCCGGCUUUAAGUACCCAUCGCCCAUCUUGUCUCUGCGCGUGGUCACUUCCGGUAUGGCUUAUGAAGAUAAGCAUAUCGCUGUCGGUAUGCAGUCAGGUCUUCUGUCAAUCAAGACACGGCUGUCUGGUCAACAAAAAGUCAAGGACCGUGAACGCCAGAAGGAGAUGCAGGCAAUGCUCGAGGGCAAGUUGGAGGAACAUGACAAGGCCUUGGCAAAGAAGAAGAAGAAGGAAGCUCGCGGUUCAGGCUGGGAAAAGCGCCUUCGUGGUCGCGAUUUUAUCGGAGAAGGUGUGGAGAUUGUGAUCGAGGGCCAGGACAGCAAAAAGAGGAAGCGGGAACAAACCUGGGAGCAUGAUUUGCGCAAGGGCAAGUAUGCCGUGGCCUUGGACCAGGUCCUUGGCAGUACCGAUAAGACGGCCCAGCUCACGCUGUUCACUGCCCUCCGACACCGUUCGGCUCUACGUGCUGCGCUCAAAGAUCGUGACGAAGACACACUCCAGCCCGUGUUGUCAUGGGUUCACAAUCAUCUUCGCGAGCCCCGUCUUGUCGAUCUCUGUGUGGAAAUUGCCAUGAACUUGUUAGAUAUCUACUCGGCCAACCUCGGCCAAUCGGCUCAGGUCGACAACUUGGUCAAGAAGUUGCACUACCGCGUGCGUGGUGAGGUGGAAAUGGCGCAGAACGCAUAUCAGUUGAAAGGCGCACUUGACAUGUUGAAGGCAUGA